AUGACACGGCCUGCAACAACUGUCGGCGAUACCGUCGUCCACAGGGCUCCGCACGCGCCCGUCCCGGCCACGGCGCUGCCGCCCGCGUCUCCGUACAACCGCUUGGAUGCCGCCGACGUGCAGAGCGCGACAGCGCUGGGGCUGCUGCUGCCCGACUUCCCCGUGCCGACCGACGCCCUUGCGCCCGACUUUGGCGUCGCGUACGAGAAAAAGGGCGGCACGCGCGCCACGGGGUGCAGUGCCGACGUGUUUGCCAGUCAACGCGCGCUGCAGGAGCGGUGCAAAGAGUUUGCCAUGGCGCGCGGCUUCCAGUUGUUUGUCGCAGGGAGCAGCACGCGGCCCAAUGGCGGGGGGAACGUCAAGUACCGGUGCAAGAAGCUGCACGGCCAGCAGUUCUUUGACGCCGCGACGCCCCCACGGGACCUCCAGUGCCCGUUCUACAUCAAUGGCUACGGCAACAAUCAGCAGUGGAAAGUCACGCGCGCGUGUUUCUUGCACAAUCACUACAAGUUCAUUGGCGCGCGGGCAGCGCCCAGAGCUAUGUUGGCUGUGGGACCAGCGACAGGACCAGCGACAGGACCAGCGACAGUGUUACGUGCAAGUGCUACGCCCGACACGAGUCCAAACCAAGUGGACGUACCUCGUGAAGUAUCGUCGAGCACGGCGGCGGGGACGCUGUCGAGCGAGCAGCAGCAGCAACUAAAUGGUCCGUUGCUGCAAUUGAGAGAAGAGGAUGUACUGAGUGCUGGAGCUGGAGAUGGAAAUGGAGCUACUGUUGCUACUGCUACUGCUACUGUCGCUGCUGCUGUUGCAAACGGUGUUGUGGUUGCUGCUGACGAAGAUAGAGGGGCCAGCAUGUCGAACGAACGAGUGAAAUUGCAGCGCAAUACGACCAUGUCGAUGAAGACAUUGUGUCGCAUGGUAAUGGACGAAGUGAACAAGUAUCCGGCGUCGAACGUCGUGCGGGCAAAGCUGAAUGGAAAGCUGAUUCGACGGAUCUUGCUGGGACAGGGACAUACUAUCAAUCACAUGAUGUCGUCUCGGAUCAAGCGACAGCUUCAGGAAGAGCGAAUCACAAACGUACGGACGUCGUUCCAAAAACUACGCGGCUAUUUCCACCAUGUUGCGCACGAGAAUCCGAAUUCCCACUACUGCGUCGAGCAAAAGAACGACGGUGCGUUCACGCGCGCGUUUUUUAUUGCAGGUGCAACGCUGAAUGCUGUACAGUAUUGUCGCAAAAUCGUGUCGUUGGACCAUAUCAUGUACAGCCGAAAGCUGAUAGAGUCGCCAUUGGGUAAACUAGAAGGCGACGAGAAUGACGACGUGAUUUGUGGGGUCUACCUGAAAGCCUCUACGAAGGACUUCAAUGACGAAGUGAUCACGUUCGCGCUUGCGCUCGUGACUGAAGAGAACCAAGCGAACUGGGAAUGGUUCUUGCAGGUGCUUCAGGAUACACAAGUGGUGGAUUGGAAUGAGUACACGGUCAUUGCAGGGCGUGCCCAUGGCUUGGAGACGGCUAUUCAGACUGUAUGGCCUCGAGCGAGCCACCACUUUUGUAUGCGCCAUGUUGUUGAAGACGAGCUCAUGGUAGGCAAGAAGAUUCCCAUGACUCCGGAUAAGAAGCAGAGCAUUUUUGACCUGGCGCGGAGUGACAGUGAGACCGAAUACGAUACGCUGCGCAAGAAUCUAGUCCGCACGAGCGAAGCAAUUGUGGCGUACUUAGACAAAUUAGAUCGCAAACACUGGGUGAAGUACGCGUUCCUUGAGGCGUUCCGACGGCCUACAUUCAAUGAGCUUACGUCCGACCUCUCGAUGGUGUUUGGAAGUGACGAGCUCUUGUCGCAGCACGCAAGCGCGAGUCACAUCACAUGGUUUGGUGAGGACCCUGUUAGUAGCUCGCAACCUCUCUAUACCUACUACCAGUACUUCACGAGAAUUGCUCAAAUUUUUGAUCAGCGCCGCGAGUCUGUGAAGUCGCGUCCCGCGAGCGAUCUUGUCCCAAGAAGAGACGCGCAGCUUCAGCACAUUUUGCAAGGAAGUCAGCGCUGCGAGUCGAUUCCUUGUGCAAGCAGACUCUACAUGGUGCGAUAUGUAGGGCCCACGCGGCUGAAGAUUCCAGACAGCUGGCGUCACGUGAAUCUUGUUGAUUGGGAGUGCACGUGCCAGGAUUGGCAAGAUCAGCAAUUUCCCUGCUUGCAUGCGAUCCACGCUGCCGAGCUAGACCGUCUCCGAAUCGAUUCGCUGUACCACAUCAAACAGAACUCGAUCGAAAGCUAUUUGAGUUGCUAUGCGACUUUGUUCACGCCUUGGCCCCUGGAUGCAUCAACCAUUCCGAGUGAAGUGUCAAUGAAGACGCCUCUCGACUAUUUCUUUUCUGCAGAUGGCUCCGGUCGACGUAAGUCUGGUCCCCGAUCCAAGUUGAAGCAUAGCGGGGCAUCCAUUGACAUGGACAAAGUGGUAGCUGAUUGA